AUGGCGAGGGCACAAGUGCACAAGGAGGGUGUUCCUCUCCGGCCCAUCGUAUCACUGAAAUACAAUCAAACGUACGGACUGGCCAAAUGGCUAUUUCGGCGCCUCAAAUUCGUGACCUCUGAAGCAGAGGCAACGGUCCGCGCUUCAGCACAAUCCUUGGAGAAACUUAAAGGGGAUCUGGCAGUCGACACCGUCGACCUACUCCUACGAAGCGAAUACAAUGAGACGAAGAAUCGCCUUGGACGUGCCCAAAUCCUACAGCUCCUACAGUUCUGUCUGAAAACGUACUUCACGUUUGACGGAACAAUCUACGAGCAGGUAAAAUGGACACCAAUGGGUUCACCGAUUUCUGGAUUCAUAGCGGACGAGGUCCGACCGGCGCAUGGCGAGGGCACAAGGCACGUCCUUGGCUCGCUUCUGUGGCCUUCCCAAAGUGCACAAGGAGGGUGUUCCUCUCCGGCCCAUCGUAUCACUGAAAAACACUCCAACGUACCGACUGGCCAAAUGGCUAUUUCGGCGCCUCAAAUUCGUGACCUCUGA